AUGUUUUUGGCCCUACAGCGCUGCUGGGAGGCCGGGUUGGAAGGCCUUCUUAUCGAGGAGAUGAUAAGUGGUGCCUUUAGCGACUUUGCUCCUUAUGCGGGCGCAGAGCAACGGCAGGUGCGUUUUGUCCGUCAGCAGACGGAUGGCACCAAAACUUCUUUUGUAUACGAGGAAGAUGACGAGUGGGCCGUAAAUGUGGAAAACCGACAUGUCGGAGCUGUGGCUUUCUCAACGAGGCGAGAGGUCGUGUGUGACCUGCGGGCGCGGCUUCCAUUGCGGUUGGGGUCUGCAGAGAAUACCAAAAACGAUAACGACAAGACAGGCGAGACUGAUAACGGGGCCGAAAUAAUUUACGCGUCGCCUCCUCAAAUACGAGACAAUCAGCGUCGCUUUAUUUCAUCUGCCGCUCUGCCCUCUCGCGGUCGGCCUGGCACUGUUGGUGUGUUGGAGGUUUUGUUCUCACCCGCUGUGGAGCGGUAUGGCGUCGGCUUGCGCGUUGGUCCUUUCUCGCUGCGCACCACAGCAGGCUUUCCUCAAAGCGAGGGAAAAGAGAGCUUUAACAGCACACAGACAGAUAAGUUACGUCGUGCUCCGCUUCUCAUUGAUGGCUCUUGUUGUAUGCCUAUUUGGUCUGUGCCGCCUAGUUUUAUUGCCAAGGUGUUUCCAUCGUCGUUGUGUCUCUCUCUUGCGCUGCAGCACCCAAUGGGCAGUGCGGAGGGCGAUACUCUAGGAUCGUUCUGCAUUCAUAGCAAGCCGUCCGAGUGUUAUUACGACACCUUUCGUUUCCUUGUGGUGCAGACGCUCAUGUCAGGCAGCAGGCUGCUGCAAUCUGCAGAUGAGAGCACAAGGGGUCGAAGUACACUCUUUCUCGGUGAUGUAAGUUGGCGGGAUUUGGGUACAUUGGUUGGGGUAAGCAAGUCGUUUGGUCACGGGCUUCUCCGUCUGAGUGCCUCCUCGAUGAUGCACGAUGGCGAGGUGGACUACGAGGCUGCGAUGGUGGUGGAUGCAACGCCUGUCGUUGCCAAACAAACGCAGUUGAAAUUUGGGAUUAACAAAGUUGGUCGUAUUGGCGUCGGCAUCACCACCAAAAUCUUUGACGAUCUUCUGUUGACUCUUGGCGUGCAUCACUUGCGUGGGGCUGACACGCGAUUUGGACUUGAGAUGGCGAUGUAG